ACUUUUUUAGUUUUUGUGUUUGCAAUAUCGAGUGAAUUACGUCUUUUAAUAUUUUUUUUAUACAUAGAAUUUUUAAUCUUGCUACAGCAGUGUCUGUCAAAACUUUUCAUCUCGUGUAACAUAUAUCUUAUAUAUCACUGAAAUGGUCGAGUGGUUUCAAAUAGUCGUCCACUCGUAUUGCGUGUAUCGAAUAAAAGUAUUGAGGAUGCAGGAAAAAAAAGGUGUUCCGAAUAGCAAUACCGUUUUUCUUGGGAAUUUUCCUUUCUUUAUUCCCGGCUCCCGCCUUCCUGGGCCAUGAAAUUGCCUGAGGUCUUCGUUGCCACAUUGUUGAUUGACAGUUUCAUUGUUACCAUUUUUUCUAACAACUGCAUAUGCAUUCGAAUUUCACGCUUUUAUAAACGCUUUCAUUAAACGUCCUUAUUUAUAUUCGAUAGACGAUAAGGAUGAAGUGUAGUUUCAUGAGCGUUACUAGGGUUGCUAGGUUGCUAGCGUGAAUCACAUUCGGAUGUGGAGGAGAGAGAUUCGUUGCUAGGACGUUGCUUACGGGGGAAUGCUACUCGCUGAUUGGUCGUUUCGAGUAACGUUUUACCACGUCGUGUGACGUGUGUCGCCGGUGGCAUCCUUUUUAAUCGUUUCUUCAGUUCUACGCUGUCGCGAGUGGUAGUAUUUUCUCGUCCCAUUAAUUUCUGUUAUUUCUGUUGUAUCGGCUGUAUUCUGUGUUAUUUCUGUUGUGCCUAUAUUUCGUAAAAUCUCGUGGAUCGCGCUCGACGUGGACUGACUCAAAAAAUUUAUGUAAUCGUUGGGUUUUUUUAAGUAUUCAAAUGGGACCAAUCGUGCUUUCUCUAUACAUUAUGCAACUCGUGAUUGGUCGGAUGGACCAAAUGACGAAACAAUAUAAUAUAUUAUAGUUAAUGUACACAAGCCAUCAGUAGAGCAUCGACAUAGGUUGGCCAGCCCCGAAGAUUUCAGCAUCAUUUGUUUGUUACCUUACUGCUCGACGUAGUGGUGAAUCUCGAGAACUUUGGAAACUUCGUUCCACUUGGUCGCGUGGAAAAUAAUUAGUCAGCGGAGCACGUGCGGAGGUAAAUAGAAAUCAAAGAAAACAUGUCUAAACAAGAAAGAGAUAGAGGUUAUGAUGAUCCCUAUGAACCAUCAACCAGUAGUGGACAUCGCAGAUCUAAACCAUAUGAAAGAAAACGAUCGGAGUCGGAUCAUUAUCAUAGAAGAGGAUCACUAAAACAGAGCACCCAUUAUUGCGCAGACGAUUAUGCAGUUCCAUCUACAUCCAAACAUGAGCCAAUGGAAGAUGUAUCAGAUAAGGUUCAAAUCAAAACUGAAAUUAAAACUGAAAUGGAAAGUGAAAUGGAAGUUGAAGUGAAAAGUGAAAGGGCUGAAUCAACACAGACGACACGUUCUCGACGUAAGAUGGAACCUGUUUUUGUUAGUAGACCCAGUACUUUAGUCUCUAAAAAAGGUAAAUCUGGUAUAUCUAUAAUGCUUAAUUCAAAUCACUUCAGACUACCUACAGUACCCAAUUGGUGUAUAUAUCAAUACAGGGUAGAUUUUGAACCUGAAGAAAAUCGAACAUUUAUUCGCAAAGGCAUGCUUAAAUUCCAUAAAGAUAAAGUCGGUCCAUAUAUUUUUGAUGGUACCAUUCUGUUCUCGAGUACACGUUUACCAGAUAAAAUCGAGCUGACAUCAGUAAGGAAAUCGGACAAUACACCCUUUAAAGUAACUAUAUAUUUAGUUGGAAGAAUGAUGCCUGAGGAUCCACAUUAUAUAACUAUUUUUAACAUAAUAAUGAGGAAACAAUUGGAAUAUUUAAAUUUACAAUUGGUGGGCCGCGAUUAUUAUGAUGCCUAUAAUAAAAUUAGUGUACAUCAAUUUCGAUUGGAAUUAUGGCCCGGCUAUAUUACAUCCAUUAGACAACACGAACGCGAUAUUUUAUUAAACGCUGAAAUAACGCAUAAAGUAAUGCGUCAAGAAACAUUAUAUCAUGUAUUAAUGGAUUGCUACAGACACAGUAAUAAUUAUAGAACAGAAUUCUGUAAUAGUGUGAUUGGAAUUAUGGUACUUACGGACUACAACAAUCACACUUAUCGGAUUGAAGACGUAGAUUUCGAAACUAAUCCUUCUUCGACAUUUCCGAUGAAAGAUGGACAACAUAUAUCAUAUCAGGAGUAUUAUAAAACUAAAUAUAAAAUAAAUAUUUCAAGUGCCUCGCAACCUAUGCUAGUAACAAGAACCAAACCAAAAACGCGAAAUGCCGGGCAAGGAGAUCUUGUGUAUUUGGUUCCUGAAUUGUGCCGUGCUACAGGUUUAACUGACAGCAUGCGAGAAAACUUUCAUUUAAUGAAAGCGUUAGCGGUACAUACCUGCAUCUCACCUACCUCCCGUAUAGACAAACUUAUACAGUUUAAUAGUAGACUCCGCCAGGAACCAAAAGUCUUGCAAGAAUUUAAAAAUUGGAAUAUGUCAUUAGACAAGAAUUUGUUAGAAUUUCCUGGUAGGCUGCUAAAUUCUGAAAGACUUUUAUUUGCUGAUAACAGAUAUAUAAACAGUUCAAAUGGAGAUUGGACAAGAGACAUGCAAAAAACACAUAUGUUGAAAUCUACAGCGUUGAGACGUUGGAUAGUACUUGUGACUGAGCGAGACAUGCACGUUGUACAUAAAUUUAUAGAAACGCUGCUGUUUGUGUCACAUGGAAUAGCAUUCAGAAUUGAUCAGCCGCGAAUACAGACCAUACGUGAUGAUAAGGCAGGCACAUACGCCGAAAACCUUGAAUAUAUUUUGAGCAAAAGUGCGCCAGAUUUAGUGUUCUGCGUAGUGAGCAAUAAUCGUAGCGAUCGGUACGCAGCUAUAAAAAAAAAAUGUUGCUUGGAUAGACCUGUGCCAUCACAAGUUUUUUUACAAAAAAAUUUGAGUGGUAGAAACACCAUGACUAUUGCUACGAAGGUAGCAAUACAAAUGAACUGUAAAUUAGGCGGAGCACCUUGGACUAUCGAGAAUCCAUUGAAAGGAUUAAUGGUCAUUGGAUUUGACAUAUGCCAUGACGCAAAUACUAAGGGCAAAGAUUUUCUGACUAUGGUGGCAACUGUGGACCAAACGCUGACACAAUAUUUUAGCUCUAUUGCUUUAUUUCAUAGCAACGAAGAUCUCGGUGACCAACUUUGCGCAAGUGUAAGGAAAGCUAUCAUGGCUUAUAAAGAAAGAAAUAAGGCUUUCCCUAUACAUCUUGUAAUUUAUCGAGAUGGUGUUAGCGAAGGUCAACUCAGACAAGUUUAUGAAAAUGAGGUGCAAAAAUUAGAAAAGGCGCUUGAAAAAUUGUAUUAUGGUCCGAAUUUUAAGUUGAUCUUUAUUAUUGUAACUAAAAAAAUUAACGUUCGGUUGUUCGAUAUGAGAGGUCGUAACGCUAAUCCACGUACCGGAACAAUAGUAGAUGAUGUAAUCACCAAUCCGCUAAGGUACGAUUUUUUUAUUGUGUCACAACAGGUUAGGCAAGGUACAAUUUCACCCACUUCGUAUAAUGUGAUUUUUGAUAAUACUGGACUGGAAGUAGAUAUAGUUCAAGUUGUUACAUAUAAGCUGACUCACAUGUACUAUAAUUGUUCAACUACUGUCAGAGUACCAGCGCCCUGUCAUUAUGCGCACAAAUUAUCGUUCUUAGUGGGACGAUUUCUACAUCAACCUCCAAAUUCACAAUUGGAGAAACAGCUAUUUUUCUUGUAACAAGA